UCCGUAUCCGAUAACCAACGAAGGGCUCUUUCGAGAGAGCGCGCUGUCGAUAAAUACCUCCUGCUCUGCGUCCGAAAGCUCGCUCUGAAAUCUUCUCUGCACCGAUAAAGAGGGGAAAUAGAAACCCUAGAAAUGGAGUCCAAGAAAAAGCUCCGGGUUUUCGUACGAUGCCCCGACCUCGGUCUGUCCACCCGAGCCCUGAUCCUAGCCCCCGAUCUCACCCUCCGCCGCCUCAAGCUCUCCUUCCUCCCCCAAUCCCUCCUUUCCCAAACCCUAACUCUUGAUUCCCUUUACUUCUGUCUCAACGGUAAGCCCCUACCAGACUCAUCCUCCCUCGCGGCCGCUGGUAUCCCCAAUUCUUCCGCCCUCACCCUCCGCCUGCGCCUCCGCGGCGGCGGCGGCGAUGGCGGCGCCACCGGGGCCGAGUCUCGCGACUGCUACCUCAACAUGUACGCCACCAAGAAGCCCGACAAGGUGGAUCCGAACGAGACCCGGCUCUCCAAAUGGACCACCUGCGCCCUGUCCGCUGAGCCUCUCGUUCCCCCGUGUGUGAUCGACCGUCUGGGCAACCUCUUCAACAAGGAGCCGCUUGUUGAGGCCCUCCUCCACAAGAAGCUUCCCAAGGAGUUCAGCCACAUCCGGGGAUUGAAGGACAUGAUCCCAAUCCAUCUCACCCCGAUCCCCAGUGCUGCCGAUUCCGAGACCAAGUUUCAGUGCCCGAUCACCGGUCAAGAGUUCAAUGGGAAAUAUGGAUUCCUGGUGAUCCGUGGAUGCGGGCACGUUUUGAGUGUCAAGGCAUUGAAAGAGGUCGAGUCAUCGACUUGCUUGGUUUGUCAUAAAGAGUUCUCGAAUAUGGAUAAGAUUGUGAUUAAUGGAAGCGCGGAGGAAGUCAGAGCGCUAAGGGAGAUGAUGGAGGAGGAGAGGGGGCGGCUGAAGGGGAGGAAGGAGAAGAAGGUGGGUACAUGUCUGAGUGGUACAAAGCAUGCCAUUAAUGAGAAAGAUGGUACUUUGGAUGACCGGAAGAAGGAUGGGGGUGGUAAAAGGUUCAAGGCAGUGGAUAUGAUGCCAGCCCAUGCUACGAAGGAAGUAUAUGCAUCUAUCUUCACGUCAUCAAAGAAAUUUGAUUUCCAGGAGACGUUUACUUGCAGGUCGCUCCCGCUUGGGAGGAACUGAUGGGGAAGGAUGUGGUGGACAGAGAGGAGCAUCCUGUUUUAUCAUACCGUUUCAUGGAGGUUUGAGUUUAUAAGGUGAGCUUAAUUUGGUGGAAGCAUCUGAUACUGAUGUUCUUCCUGCAGAUCCUGGCAAUAUGUAUGGGUCAGAUUGAUUGUUCUCUCUAUCUGAAGUAGAAAAUGGAUGUGACAAGUGGAAGUUGACUAAGGUGUACCGACUUGAUGAUACUCCUGGCAAGUGGAAGUUGUUUUUUUGUGAAGAGAAAGUUGAUGAACAACCUUUCUUUUUUGCCUUCUUUGUACCGUUUGAGAUAAUUCUGUUGUUCCUGUAUGACAGUCUACUGAUAUCCUAAAAUUUAAACGGUCUUAAACUAUGAAAAUUAGAAUUUGAAGAA